AUGACGAACCGCGGACAGACAAUCCGAGCCUUCCUCGACGUGGAAUGGGAGGGCCCCGUCUUGGACGAUGAUUUGAACCCUACUUCUGCCGUUAAGGUCCAGAACGGUCGUAUUGAGCUGAUCCUCUGGAAGGAGCUGGUUCCCAAAACGGUCGAAAACUUCCGUGCUCUCUGCACUGGCGAGAAGGGAUUCGGCUACAAGGGCUCCUCUUUCCACCGUGUCAUCCCCGAGUUCAUGCUUCAGGGCGGCGACUUCACCCGCGGCAACGGAACGGGUGGCAAGUCCAUCUACGGAGAGAAGUUUGCAGAUGAAAGACUCGACCUUCUCCACGAAGACCAGUACACCCUGUCCAUGGCUAACGCUGGCCCCAACACCAACGGCUCUCAGUUCUUUAUUACCACUAUCAAGACUUCCUGGCUCAAUGGCCGCCACGUCCCCUUCGGCACUGUCGAAUUACUGGGUGACUCCGUCAAGGUUGUUAAGGCUAUCGAGGCUACAGGUUCUCAGAGCGGUGCCAUCAAAUACAGCAAGCGACCUACCAUCGUCAACGCUGGCGAGCUAUAA